ACGAGCAUACACCCCUCUUGUGAGCUCAUUAUCGACACUUUUAUCGCUUAGUGCUAUUCUCUCUGCCGCUUGUCGGUGUAGAUUUAACGAGCGUUUGGAAUCUGUACCAGAGCAGAUAUCACGAAGCUUCACACAUUCCCCGGCAGCGUUGACGCGGACUUCGUAGCCGACACAUUUGAAUCUUCACUCGACGAUCCCCACAACCCAAAGCACUGCGCGCAGUGCUUGACAGGCUGCCUUCUUAGCCUGGUUCCUUCAUAUUCACUUGGCAAACGGAACUACACAGUUUUUCGCGUCAACCGCUCGGCUUUGUUGGAUGUAUGCGCACGGUUCCUCACCGUGCUACGCUCAGACGAGGAAAACAAUCGGCUGCAAGCAGAGAUGCGUGUCUGCAAGUGCGACCUCCAUGAUGGUCGUUUGAAGAGACUUCACGAGGUUGGCGUCCGGGAAUGGGGCGUGGGCUCAUACAAAGGUCUCGCGAGGCUUAUCGCGAGUCAGAUCCACAAUGUUUUGCAGCCGGUCCGAGACGAGGCAAGAUUGCACAAGGUGGAGAAGAACCAAGAGCGCGCCAUUCGCCAGGGGAAGUCAGUACCCUGGCCGAGGACGCCCCACGAUGUGCUUCCGUACGGCGUCGACGCCUCCAUAGCCGCCCUCGCCGUCUGGCUCGAGUUCUCCGCUCCUGACUGCAUAUGGCUCGGACUCUUUGCCAGUAUCAUCGAGCUAUUUAGGAAAGAAGUCGUUCUGCCGAUCCUAGUCUCGCCUACGCUUCCAGGCAGGUUCGUCGGUAUCGCCGAGACACCCUUCCGCAUGCUAUCCAUGCGAGGUAGAUUGAGUCCAAGUGAUGAACAACUUUUUGCAGAGAUGAAAAGGGUGCUCGUUCUCUACAAGAUGCUCGCCAACUAUUUCGAUCGAGACGAGUCUCGUAUCUUGUUCCGUCGUGCAAACGAGCAAUUUGCUCCCGAAGACCCAGAUCGGAACCUCCUCUCCAUCUGCCGAGAUGCCCUAGACGUAUUACCCGCAUUAGCUCAGUUGAUGCCUCCAAAUUCUGAAGCGGUCCGUGACGUCGAGCAGUGCGCACAAGAGCUCGUCGCCACCGGCGCUAUCUUCCACGACCACUUGGACCUUGCGUACGACACGAACAAGUACGGCGGUCAGAUUGUCUCUCUCUCACAAGAGCUACGUCGCAACCUUCAGGGCGACCCUACUUCCUCUGCAUACGAAGGAUUCUUGCGUCUCUGGUAUUCUGAGCGCUGCUGGUCGCCCGGCUGUGGCGAGACAUUCGUCGGGGCCGGACGUGCGUUCGCGGCGUGCUCGAGCUGCAAGCGCGUCACGUACUGCUCGAAAGAGUGCCUCGCAAGGGCAUGAGGCACGAGGAUGCACCCCAUCGCGCGGUCUGCAAAAAGAUCAAGUACAUCGUGGAUGCGACGGACGUCAGCUCAAAGCCCGAGGUAGAUGGUAUGGUGCCGUUUCUGAUGGUGUGCAUAGUCAGGAAUGUGGAUAGAGGGGCACUCGCGGAUUUUAGCAGCCACAUGGUGAAGCUUCAGCAAGCUGUAUCCUUGGCUCCCCGUUUCGAAGAGGGUGAGG